AUGGAACAUGUUGAUCAACUGAUAGAACAGGACAAGUUUGCGGAAUGUCGAGCAAUAUUGGAACAAGAGAUGGAUAAACGUGUUGACCCCGAAGUUGGUUGGAGAUUGGCUCGUUGUUAUUACAUGUGGUUUGGAAUUUCAAUGGAUCAGCUAGCACAGUUGGCCGGUACAAACGAGCGCAUCAAAACAUCGUACAAAAUGCGUGAAGUUUGGGACCGUGCACUGGAAUCAGACCCGAACAAUUACACUGCGGUUUCCUGUAUUGGUAUAUGGUGUUACGUAGUGGCAGAUUUGCCGGAGGUGAAACGUAAACUUGCCAAAACGUUCAUGACAGAACCACCAAGCUCGUGUUUCCUUGAAGAUCUUAUGGGCAAAGCAAACAAGUAUUUGGAGGAAUGUUUGAAAGAUCAUCCAAAUCAUGCCAAUGCGUUGACGUGGUACGGAAUAACCAUUGAUCAACUGGCUCGUCUUGAUGGGACCAAUGAACGUAUUAAAAAGUCGUUCGAAAUGAAGGAGGUUUGGGAACGAUCAUUGCAAGCUGAUCCAAAUAACUAUUUGACACAUUCAUGUAUGGGAAUAUGGUGUUUUACUGUCACCGAUUUGCCCGCGCUGAAACGAACGUUUGCCAAUACGUUCUUUCGUACUCCGCCAAACUCCACUUAUGAAGAGGCCUUGCACCAUCUAGUCAAAUCAGAGGAGUUGUCACCGAAGUCGCUUGUUGGAAAUCUUCUCCAUUUGGCCAAAACAUAUUACAGGUUAGGAGACAAAGUUAAAGCAAAGGAGUACUGUGAAUACACGCAGCAGUUUCGAGAUAUCGGAUACGAAGUUGCAAAGAAUAAAAAGGAAGCCAAAGACCUGAUGAAGAAAUUGUGA